CAUGACGUCAGACGAUGCGCGGAUGGUGAUUGGCUGUACACCUGUAAAGGGCUCACGUGAGAUGAGAGGGGAAGAAUGUUGUCUCCAUGGAAACUGCCUGAAGAGUCAUCCGUAGAGUAACUGCAAAGUAAUUUAAGGAAGUGAUUGGCGACAACGCAGAGGCCUCGGUGGCGACAUUCCUUGGUGAGAGACGUUCGUGAAAUAAAUCAGUAUACAGCAUGUUCUAGGGAGUGUGUGAAGCACAGAGAACAUGGAAAAUGAACCAGAGGACAUGUCGCCAGACACGGCAUUGGAUAAGGAUCCAUUCCAAAUGACAGUGGAGGAUGUGUAUGAUAUUUCACAUGUAAUAGGCAAGGAUCUCCUGAAGAUCAGCAGAGAGGCACGUGGUGUAUCAGACAUUGUGGCUGAUCUUCAAUUUAAGAUUGUUCGUGUUCUCGAGGUUCUGGAGACUCUGGUGAACCAGUCAAGUCUUGUCACUGAAGAGCUGACGAUGGAACGAGAUAACCUAAAGACAGAGGUUGACAGGCUAAUGAGAGAAAGUCCACCAGCUGGUCAGGUAUCCCAGACAGACCUUGGACCUGAUAAAAUGAUUAUAGAUCUCACAGACCCAAAUCGACCACGGUUUACCCUGCAGGAGCUAAGGGAUGUGUUACAGGAGCGGAACAAGCUGAAGAUUCAGCUUUUGGUUGCCCAAGAUGAGUUGCAGUGCUAUAAAAGUGGUAUAAUUCCUCCAACGGAGGAUCAUAUUGUGACACUGGAAGAUGAAUCCAUAAUCACCAGCUCUCCGAGGUCAAGUGAAAGCAGUAAAGAAAAAUCAUCAAUAAAAAGCCUGUUUUCCUUUAAACAAGUGUAAGAAGCGCAUUCAUGUUUUCCUCUGUCUAUUGCCUUGCGUAUUCUUUUAGAGAUGAAUGUAAAAUAGUUGUGAUUUCUCUUACUGAAAUGAUUCCAGAAACUGGAUUUUACUUUGGACUUAUAAAAGCUUUCUAUACAAUAUAUGCACAUUUCUAUAAAUUAUAUAAUAUGAAGCUGGAGAGAGGAGAUAACCGUAACCUUGGAAGAAAUGUUAUGUUUCUUACAUGAUACACUAGUGUAUGGCAGAAGAUUGUAUGCAGACUUCAUGACCAAAGGUGUUGGAGACAGAUGUAGCGCACAGGCGCUAGUUUGUAUUACCAUCUCCUGAUAAAAUGUAAGUGUGCGGGUACAUGUAUGUUAUUUUUUGUUACCAAAAGUGGACCAAGACAUUAAGUCCUAAACGGCACAUUUAAGAAAACCGGUUUGGACUAUCGGCUAUGCACAGCUUGACGCUGUAUAUUUACAGCGGCUCAUUCAACCAUUAUUUGGCUAUGAACUUGCUUGAUCCUUUUAAUUUACAGUUUUUAAAACCUGUAUGUGACCAGAUAUGCCUACAAUGUUUCUCUAUAUGUAAUAGUGUUACUGUUGAAGUGAUGAAUGUGACUUAAAUUGCUAUUCACCAUGACAUUGUACAUGGUAUAAGGUAUAAUGUAUAAGGUGUCCAGAACAUUUAAUAUACCUAUGAAAUCUAUAUUUUCAGACACCUUUGCUUUCAUAUACAGCCAACCAUUCAUUUUUCAGAAUAUUUUUAUGAAUAUGCCUUAAAUUAUUCCUCUACUGCCAAUAAAAGUGGAAUUUUCAAA